AUGUUAGUUGAUUCUAGGAAUAAUCAAGCAGAUGAUCUUACAAUUCAAACAGAAUUGAAUGAUCAUCGCCGUUGUAUUCAAGAAUUACGUGAAAUAUUUUUUAAAGUCAAACAAUAUCAGCAAGAUCCUGAAAAAUAUAAAACUGAAUUAGCAGAAUUGCAUACACGUGGUAUGCUGUUGUGUAAUAAAUUACGUUCAUUAAAUCGGUCAGGACGUCAGCGUAUUCAUCAAGCAAGAGAAAUAACAGCUGAACAUCGAAAUCGUCUCGAUGAACAAACGCUUGAACAACAAAAUUUACUCUAUGAAUUAUCUCAUGUUAACAAAGAAAUUGCUCGAUGUGAAGAAUUCAAGUCGAAAGACCAACAACUAGAACUGGUUAGUGUUGAAGAUUUUUAUGCACAAGCACCACCUGAAUUAACGAAUAAAGAUGUGAUUGGAAAUGAUCAACAUCGUUUACAUUUAUUUCAACUUGAUUGGGAAUUGAUGCAACGUGAACGUUUAAAUGAGGAAUGCAAAACAUUUCAAAAUGAAAUAGGUGAUUUAAAAAAACAAAUUAUGCGCCGUCGAAAACGUUUACGUUCAUUACGUCCAAAACUCAAAGAUGUUGUCGCAUCUACCCGUCCUGUUCGUCGUUAUAUUGAUUCAACAUUUGAUGAUGUUGCCACAACGUCAACAGUGAAUAAUCCUCUCAUUUCUAAACUACCUGAUCCGUUGUAUGUUUUAUAUAGUUUAACAUUUGCCUAUCAACAGUGUGACGGUCGUCAUGUAACAUGUGAAAUAGAACAAAAUAAUCACAUAUCUACAGUGGAUACAAUUGAAUUAAUGCGAGCACAUCCAGUUCGUGUUAAAAUUACACUAACUCUAUCAGUCGACCAUAUUGCUGAAAUGAUGUUUAUUUUUUAUCCAUUAUUAAAUAUUGUCACUGUACAAUCAAAAUUAUCUGGCCUAAAAGCUAGUCAAAACAAAAUGUUAACAUCAUCAUUGUUACAUAAUUUAUUAGAUGAUAUAGAUGUAGGUGAUACAUCACCUAAUCCAGUCAACGAUUUUCUUUUUCGUGAACAGGGAAAAACAUCACAUACAUUCAAUGAUGAAACGGGUCUUCCAUAUCGUUGGGUUCAACAAAUAUGUAAAUGUCAAAUAAUACCGUUAGAACGUCAAGAACUCAUUUGCGAUUGUUCCGAUAUUAUGAAACGUUUAACACAACGUUUUCGUUCACGAAUUGUACUCGAUCGUACGUUGACAAGUUUAGAACGUCUUGAAAUGCCAUUAUUAGGUGAACAAGAAGCAAUAUUAGCACGACAGAAAUUAAAUUGUGUUUUACGUUCAUGGCAUGAAAUGAAAUAUGAUGAUAUACAAAAACUUGAACAUGUUAAACCUUUUAUUGAAGAAGGUGUAAUCAAUCAAUCAACAAUUUAUUAUGGAUGUAAAUUACAGAAUGAUCAAUCGUGGUUAAUUGCAACAAUUUGUAUUAGUCCGAAUUAUCCAAAUAUAAAACCGUUAAUAGUGAUUAAAAUUAUGUGGAAAUCAGAACAGACAAGAUUGAACGAUGAAAAUAUUAAAAUAAUGGAACGAUCACUGUUAAUUGAUUUAUCAUCCAAUACAGCAACAUCGACUACUGAUCCACAACAACAACAUCUAGGAUUAUUAGCGUUUCAGAUAUGGCGAUUAGCAUCAGCAUUCGAUCUUUACCUUGAAUCGGAAUGUUAUGCAUUACAAAGUGAAGAAUUUAGUAAAAAUAAACCAUUUUUAACAUCAUAUACAGGACGUCGACGACGUAGUUUUCAGUCGAAUUUAAGUGUGAGUAUAAAUGAGCGUAGUUCAACGAAUGCUCAUCAAUCAUCAGCAAAUACAGCGUCAUCCGAGGACACGUCAACAGAGCCCGCUAUUAGCAUAUUUUCGGUUGAUUAUAAAAAGCAUGAAGAUCUUAAGCAAAUGUUAGAUAGUAAUAAAGACAAUUUGAAGUUAGAAGCAAUGCGACGGAUUAUUGGUAUGAUUGCAAAAGGGAAAGAUGCUGCCGAUUUAUUUCCAGCUGUUGUUAAAAACGUUGUGUCAAAAAAUAUGGAAGUUAAAAAACUUGUCUACGUUUAUUUAAUGCGUUACGCAGAAGAACAACAAGAUCUUGCUCUGUUAUCGAUAGCCACAUUUCAACGUGGAUUAAAAGAUCCAAAUCAACUGAUUCGCGCAAGUGCGUUACGUGUUUUAUCAAGUAUUCGUGUGCCAACAAUCGUCUCAAUAAUGAUGUUAGCCAUCAGAGAUGCUGUUAGUGAUAUGUCACCUUAUGUUCGAAAAACAGCAGCUAAUGCUAUAGCCAAGCUUUACGCAUUAGAUAUGGAUUUAAAAGAAGAAUUAGUAACAAUAAUUGGAAAAUUAUUAGCUGACAAAACAAUUCUCGUAAAUGGCAGUGCUGUUCAAGCAUUCGAGCAUGUUUGUCCUGAGCGUAUUGAUUUGAUUCAUCAAAAUUAUCGACGAUUAUGUAAUUUAUUAGUUGAUAUUGAUGAAUGGGGUCAAGUAGUUGUUGUAAACAUGUUAACACGUUAUGCACGAUCACAAUUUAUGGAGCCAAAUCUAACAUAUGAAGAUGAACGUAAAGAUUUUUAUGGUGAUGAUAAAGAAAAACAACGACAACACAGUACUGUUGACGAUGAAGAUGAGAGAAAAAUUUACAUAAUGGAUAGUGAUCAUCGACUAUUAUUGAGAUGUACUAAACCGUUGUUACAAAGUAGAAAUUCAGCAGUUGUGAUGGCUGUUGCUCAAUUGUAUUAUCAUGUUGCACCUAAGACUGAAGUUCAAAUUGUGGCUAAAGCACUAAUACGUUUACUGAGACAUUAUCGUGAAAUUCAAACGAUUGUCUUAAAAUCUAUCGCAUCAAUGGCAGAUAAACACAAACAAAUCUUCGAACCUUAUUUAAAGAGUUUUUAUGUUCAUUCAAAUGAUAGUGGACAAGUAAAACGUUAUAAAUUAGAAAUUCUAACAGUAUUAGCUAAUGAAACAAAUAUAUCAACAAUAUUAAGGGAAUUUCAGACGUAUGUUCUGAGUGCGGAUAAAGAGUUCGGAGCACAAACAAUACAUGCUAUUGGACGUUGUGCUAGUACAAUUAAAGAAGUCACAGAAGCAUGUUUAAAUGGACUAAUAACUUUUAAUUUUGCAAUUGCAGAAACAAUUGUUGCUGAAAGUGUUGUUGUUGUUAAAAAAUUAUUACAAAUCAAUCCUUCUCAAUACAGUGAAAUAAUCAAGCAUAUCGUCCGUAUGGUUGACAAAGUUGUUGUACCAACUGCCCGUGCUUCUAUACUAUGGUUAAUUGGUGAAUAUUCAGAUAGAAUCAGUAAAUUAGCUCCCGAUGUUUUAAGAAAAAUGGUGAAAAAUUUUACAAAUGAAGAGACGAUUGUUAAACAACAAAUAUUGAAUUUGGCUGCAAAACUGUAUGUAGUUAAUCCACAACAGACCCAGUUACUUGUUCAAUAUGUGUUCAAUUUGGCUAAAUAUGAUAAAAAUUAUGAUACCAGAGAUAAAGCACGACUACUACGAGCUUUAUUAAUACAAUCAGAAAAAUGCCCAAAUCUCAGUAGAUAUGCAAAGAAAAUUUUACUGGUUUCCAAACCGGCACCAACGUUAGAAUCACUUAUGAGAGAUAAUGACCAAUAUGCUUUGGGUACACUAUCAUACGUAAUUGGUCAAAAAGCAAAUGGCUAUAAAGAUUUGCCUGAUUUUCCUCUUGAACCACCAGACCCAACAGUGAGAAAUGUUGAAGUUAUUUUACCGGAAAAAACGACGCCUACAUUUGGUCAGAAGGGAAAAGGUCGCACGCCAAAAGGCACAUCAGCAACUGGUGGAAAAACAUCGUCUGCAGCAAAAGGGUUCUAUUCCGAGGAUGAAUCAACUGAGGGACCGGAUCCAAGUGAUGAGGAAUCGACAACAAGUACAUCUGAAGAAUCGCUAUCCGAAUCUGGAGACGAAAAUGAAGAGGAACAAAACACUGACGAUGAUGAUAAUGAUGAUGAGUCUGAAACUCGUCAACAAACUUUAAAAACAGUCACAAAUGUUAGUGACUAUGAACAAUUAGAUCCUUCUCGACAACAACAGCAAAAAUCAGGGUUAAAUAAGAAUCCAACAAGAGCUGAAAGUAGCGAAAGUGGCUCAGAAAGCAGCGAUGAAGAAUUGGAUGACGAUGAAAGUGAAGAUGAUUCAUCAGCAUCAAGCGAGAUUGAAGAAGAGCCGCAGCAAGCGAAAACUUCAAAGAAACCGUCGAAUGUUCCGUUGCUCAAAGGUUCAAGUGAAAAAGUAUCUCAGGCUUCAUCUGAUCAAAAAACACAAUCUAAAGCAGAUAAUCAAGCUAUUAAUGAAUAUGUUCCACCGAAAGAAACAUCUUUAUUCGAUCUCGAUUUGGAAACAUUUUUGGGUUCAGGACCGGUAAAUGCCACCGCAUCUACAACAUCGAAAACAGUGACUCAGUCGAAAAUAACGGAUGAUUUGAAUAUUUUAGAAUCAUUAUCAUCCGCUCCAUCUGUACCUGCGUAUACACGUCAGUUUGAAUUAUUAAAUCGUAUGACUGGUUCUGGAUUACAAAUUCAGUAUCGUUAUCCGCGUACAAAAUUUAAUCGUGGACCAAACAUGGUUAAUAUUGAAUUACUAUUUACCAAUACAACACAAAAAGAUAUUCAACAUAUUUUGUUUCUUAAAGCACGUCCGGGUGUUCAAAUAAGUGAAUUCGCUGAAAUCGAUGUAUUAUCAUCGGGGGCAACGCUCGUUUCUACAAUGGGUAUUGAUUUCAAUGAUAAAACUCAAUCAGCUCAAUUUGAUAUUACGGUGGAUGGAAAACAGAUUUCAUUAUCAAUUCCCUGUCAAGUUGGAGAAAUGAUUGAGCAAAGAUUUUUAAAUGAACAAGAAUUUCUACAAGAAUUAACUCGUCUGAAAGGAAUGAGUGAAAUAAGUGAAACAUUAAAAUUAAGUGUCGAUACAUUGGAAAAAUUAAAUUUUUCAACAAUACAAAAUAAAAUUAUUCAAUGUGCGAAUGUUAUACCAGUACCGGUAUCAAGUCAUAGUGCUAUUUACAGAUGUUGGAAAGAAUAUUUAUCAUAUAAAAAGGAAUGUGAAAAUGAACGAAAAAAAGUUGAAAAAAUGAAAUCUGAUGAAAGAGAUCAAUAUGAUAUUAAAAAACAAGAAGAAGUAUUAAAAGAGACCGAAGGCAUGAUAUCGCAUACUAAAAGUGGUUUUAUUAAAUCGUGGAAAGAAUUUCAAAAUCUAUAUACGUCAGUAGCAAAUGAUGAAAAUAUUAAACAAUCAAAAGAAUAUCAAGACGCUGAAAAGGUUUAUGAUGAAAUUGUAAAAGCUCAAGAAGAUGAUAAAUGA